GGAAUGAGUAAGGGAAGGUGAAGGCAGGUGCAGUGGGUUGUGUGGAUUCCAGGAGCUGUAGCUGUACUCAUCAGCAAAGAUUAGGAACAGGCCUGCCCUUCAUAGGCCACAGCUGUGUCCAAUAAGAAGAGUGCUACAAGAGUGGGUGAGCUGGGUGAGAAGAGAGUUGGAGUUGGUUGCUUGUGCUGAGAAGAGACUUGGAGUUUGUUGGCUGUGCUGUGAAGGAGAAGGAGUCAGUGCUGCGAGGGGCUGUCCAUGAGAAAUCACCCAGAAGGUAUGGGAGCUUCACAAUAAGAUGAAAACAGUGGGUGAACCCGACGUGAUCCCAUGGUGAUUCAGGUAGAGAACUGUAGAGAGAGCCUAAAAAUCCAGAUCAAUCAUAGCCAAGCAGACCUGAGAGCCUAGAAACCUGGACAAUGUAUGAGACACCACCCCCAAGAAGAAGAGUGCUGGAUAUGAGGAGCGGACACUGUACGCUUUGCUUAUUUGGUGCAUUGGAGCAAGCCCUGUAGCCCCUGCCAAGGUAUGGCCACAGCCCAGAGGGAACCCAGGACGGUGCCAGGUUCCCCCUGAAGGGCAGGGUGUGCAGCAGGACACAGGAGUGGCAUGAUGGAAGUGGGAAACGGCCUGGCCACAGCAGCAGCAGCAGCUGGUGCCUCAGCAAUGGCAUGGCCCCCGAGGAGUACGGGGGGAGCUUUGCUAAGUUGCUGCUCCAUGAGCACUGGAACAAAAGCAGCAUGGAGCUCUGAGAGGCAGAGUCAGAACUGCACAGACAAUAUGUAAGAGAAGCCCUCUAGAAUUGUGUAGUGGGCAUGUGCACAGUAACCCGAAGUGAUUGGGGACUGGGCUGUAGGGCGAGGUGCAGCUGGAGACGGAGCCCAGCGCAGCACUGAGAGCAGCAGGGGAGGCUGCCUGGUCCAGACCUGACAGAUUUCAACACCUGGAGCACAGAUGCAGCCAAGGACCCGGCACAAGGGCUGGAUCCUGCCCGUAGCUGCUGGCACUCUGUACGCCAGAAGCUCACAAACUUCACUUGGUGUCGAGAGAUGAUCAGCAUGUUCACCAAGGGUGCAGCAGAGGCUGGCCCCACAGCCCCUCAGAGCAUACCUCCUGCUCCCAGCCUGGAUCAGUUUGGGGAGAGAGUUGUCUCCACUCCCAGUCAAGUGCCAGGCUUUGUUAGGAACAUGCACCAGAGGCUGGCGUCCAACGAGCCUCCAGACGACUGGCUGUUCAUGGACAUCCUGCGGCUGACCGAGGAACAGCCCACUGAUGUGGCAGUGACCCUGCUGCGGUGCGCCCCAACAUGUGACAGAGCUGCUGCAAUCAUGUGGAAGACCAUUGCCUCGUCAGGAACGUCAACGGAAAAGGUGCUGCCCACACUGCUGUGUGUGAUGGACGGCUGGCCCAUGCAGAAAAUGUACACAGCUGAUGGGGACAACAAGGAUGUCUUUGCCCUGGCUGUGAGUUUCCAUAGCUGGCCUUUGCUUGUACGCAGGUUGCUGCUCCAGUGCCUCUCCAUCCUCUCCCCCACUGCAACGUAUCUGCCUGCCUCAGGCACUGGGCUGACACCUGCCUUGGGGGCAGGGUUCAGGGGCACCAGGCCGGCUGCUCCCCCUGUGUCUCCCCUGGCCUCUCCCUUGUAUGCUCAGGCCUUGCCACUCCAUGUUGAGUGCUGUCUCUGGAUGGUUUAUCCUUUGCAGGCAACCAGGGUGAUUUGGGAGAUUCUCCGCCUGCCCUGGUGCCCAGAGCCAUUUGUGGAAUAUUCCCCCCAUCUCCUUGUGGCUCUGCUGUACCAAGUUUACGCCAGUACAGAGCAGAUGUCAGAAGAAGUAAAUACUUUCUGGAAGAAAUGUCAGGAGGAAAAGGGCAUUACUGCCAACCCCAACAGCUUUGUAGUGGGCACUGUGAAGUCGUUCCUGUACCACCUGCAAUGUGUGAAUUUACUGAUGGCUCUGGAACGGAAGUGUGCCUGGGACACGCUGCUGCGUGCUGAAACCCACCACUAUGCAAUGGGUCUGCUGGCCAGGGAGAUGCGCCGUGUCUGCCAACCUUUCUGCUCCUGCGUCGCACUCCGCCUGCUCUGCCGGCUCAGCCGGGAGGAGCCAAGCUGGGAAAUGGCCUCCCUGGCGUUCCUGGUGGAGGUCCUGGAUUGCCUAGAUUUGAAUGAAUGGGGUAACAACAUCCUGGAGAUCUUGACCAAGCACCUGCUGAGCGAGUCCAUGGAGAUGCGACGCCUGGCCCUCAGAGGCCUCGUGAUGCUCAGCAAAGACCCCUCAAUGGCCAAAAAAAUGUGCAGCCUGUCUGAACCCCUCAUGGAUUUCCUGAGGAAUGAAGACAUAGAGGUGGUCAAGAUGAGUCUGUCUGUGUUCACAAAUAUACUCGUGAACAAGGAUAUCCUAACAUCCUGCCCCACAGCCCCCAAACUGGCUGCCGCGCUCCGGCCCCUCUUUGACAGUGACAACAAUCAAGUGCGGUGGCUCUCCAUUGGCCUCUACAAAGAUGUGAUGGAAUCAGUAGUGGAAAGGGGAAAACAGGCCCUGAAGCCUCAUGUGAGCGAGAGCCUGCUUCCUCUCUUCUUCCACUGCUACGACGAGAACCGGCGUGUGGCACAGACCUCUCGGGAAACGCUGCUCUCUGCAGUAAAGUUCCUGAAGAGAAGGGAUCUCAGACAGCUGCUCAAGUUGGAUGACCCGUGGAGCUUCGCCGAGCACGUGCUGGCAGAGGACAGGAGCCGAGCGGCCGAGCACCUGCGCCAGGCCCUGCCCUACCUACAGAGCCCACAGGAGCCCGUGCGAGAGGCGGCCGUCAGAUCCAUUGGGACCGCCGGGAUGCUCAUGAGAGGACAGCGGGAGGAGCUGCAGGUCAUCUGUGAGGCCCUUCAAGCCCUUGACACAGAUGAGAGCCCCUCCAACACAAACCUGAUUGUUCAAGUCAUGUUGGAUGAAAGAGCUACAUCACUAAGUUCAUCUUCUGGAUCGAAACAACCAGGACAGCAGCAGAUGCCAUGCAGGAGGAAACAAGCUGGAGAUCAGAGGGGAGAAGCUGGAGCUCCAGGCCCAGCUAAUGCUGGGCAAGUCUGAGCUCACCUUCCCUCUUUACUGGUCCUGCCGCCCUCAGAACCUGCCUGUUCCCUUCUCCCAAGCUUUGCCAUUAAUAAACAUUUCAGCUUCUUCACCUCAUUGGUAUCUUUGUGGAGCUGAAGUGGAUCAAAACCUGAGCCCUGGAGCACACAGGCCCCGUCCUGCCGUUCUUUUCUGUGCUGCGUUCUGUGCAGAGAA